ACAUUGUAACUGCUCCGGCGUAUGUUUUAUUUGUGUUCUUUAUCUGAAAGUUUGAAUUAGAUAAGAUAAAAGCAAUGAAAAAUCAUUUCUUUUCACCAUGGAUGUGGCUGUCAGUCUUUGCUAAUGGUUGGGUUAAUCAGGUUAUGGACUAACAAGAACAUACAAGAGUCUUCUUUUGGGUUGCUAAUCUUGAUAUAAUAUCAGUUUAUAAUUGGGAACUCUAGGUCUUCAACGCAGAUAUCCAUGGUGGUAGUAGGGAAAUGGCAUGAAUCCAUGCAUAAAUUAUCCUCAUAUAUCAUAACUUAGGACUGGUGCAUCCUAGAGACUGGAUAGCCGCUUCCAGACAAUUAGCAGAUUGGCAAUCGGGGACAUUUUGCUGGAUCACUCAUGAGUACACGGACAGGUUCUAUUGGCCCUGGAGGGAGGAAAGUUGAGCAAAUUGUUGAGAGCUCAGAAGUGAAGUCGGAGAAGCAAAGAGUAGCUUUGAUAAUAGGAGUCACAGGAAUUGUAGGCAAUAGCUUGGCAGAAAUCUUGCCUUUGUCUGAUACUCCUGGUGGGCCUUGGAAAGUUUAUGGUGUUGCCAGGAGGCCUAAGCCAAAUUGGUCUGCAGAUACUGCAGUACAUUACAUCCAAUGUGAUGUGUUAAACAGAGAAGAAACCCUAGAAAAGAUUUCUGCCUUGAAGGAUGUAACUACUCUUUUUUGGGUUUGUUGGGUUAGUAGACAGACAGAGGAGCAGAAUUGUGAAGACAAUGGAAGAAUAUUUAAUAAUGUUUUAGAUGCGCUACUGCCUAAUGCUGAAAAUCUUGAGCACAUAUGUCUUCAAACUGGCAGGAAACAUUACAUAGGCCCAUUUGAUCGUAUCUCCAGGAAUAGAAAUAUUCAGCCUCAUGAACCACCCUUCCAUGAAGAGCUUCCACGGCUGCCUGAGCCUAACUUCUACUAUAUUCUUGAAGAUAUACUAUUUGAUGCUGCUAAAAAGAGAGAGAGGUUAACUUGGUCCAUUCACCGCCCUGCAGUCAUAUUUGGGUUCUCUCCUUGGAGCUUGAUGAACGUCAUUGGUACCUUGUCUGUCUAUGCUGCCAUUUGCAAACACGAGGGGCUUCCUUUGAAAUAUCCAGGCAAUAAAAACGCAUGGGAACUGUUUGUGGAUGCAUCUGAUGCUGAAUUGAUCGCAGAGCAAGAAAUUUGGGCUGCAAUAGACCCUUACGCCAAGAAUAUGGCCUUCAAUUGUGUUAAUGGAGAUGUAUUUAGAUGGAAAAAACUGUGGAAAUUAAUGGCAGAGAAAUUUGAACUGGAAGUGCCAUCAUAUGAGGGGGAAGGUUUUAGCCUGGCCAAAGCAAUGAAAGACAAAGGCCCUGUUUGGGAUGCAAUUGUGAAAGAAAAUAAUUUACUCCCCACCAAGGUUGAAGAAGUUGGAAACUGGUGGUUUGCAGACCAUGUACUAAAUGCCCCCUUUGAGUGUGCAAAUAGCAUGAACAAAAGCAAGGAGCAUGGUUUCUUUGGAUUUCGUGAUUCAGAAACUUCCUUCCUAUCAUGGAUUGACAAAAUGAAGGCUUCUAAUAUUAUUCCAUAGCUUUGAUUAGUAUGCUUGGACUUGGGAAACUUCAGGAGGAAGAGUGAGUGGCCUGCAGUGGAUUACUAUGUAUAAACUCCACCUAUCUUGUUGUAUUGUUGCUUCUGCGCCAGAAAAGAAAUGCUUCAUAUUGAAUUUUAAGUUGC